AUGGAAAUGCACCUCCAAGGGCAAGAUCUCGCUAAUGCAAUUACAGAAGACGGAACCUCAAAUGCAAAAGAUAAAGCAAAUGCACUGAUUUUUAUUCGUCGUCAUUUGCAUGAGAGCCUGCAGACUCAAUAUUUAUCCGUUCGAGACCCUCAGACCCUGUGGAAGAGGUUGAAGGAUAGCAAUACCGGGCAGCGUCAAUUUGACACAUACUCUGAAUUAAUUUCUGUGCUCCUCACUGCUGAGCAAACUAAUGAAUUGCUACUCAAAAAUCAUGAUCUUAGACCUGCUGGGUCAAAAGCAUUGCCUGAAGCACAUGCUAACUCUGAGAAAAAUACUGGCCAUUUUAAGGGCUAUAAGCGCAGGCAAGAACAUAAUCCUCGAAGGGGUGGCAAGAAAUUUAACCGCCCUGGGAAAUCUAACUUUGGCCCGAAUCAUGACAAAGAAAAGAAGCAAAAGAAGGUGACUAAUGAAAGUAUUUGCCAUCGAUGUGGCAUGACUGGGCACUGGUCACGUACUUGUCGUACGCCAAAGCACUUUGUUGAUCUAUACCAGGCAUCUUUAAAAAAUAGGGGCAAGGGUGGUGAAUCUCACGCCAUUGAAAUUAAUCCUACUGCCAUAACCACUGUUGAGGCCAACAAUAUCUCUGUUGGCGGGACUCCUCUUGCUCCUGAAGUAGCAAAUGCAUCCCUGGAUGUCUCUGAUUUCUUUGAGGACCUCUGA